AUGGAUCAAUCAAUCCAGCGCCUGCUUAAUGAUAAGCUAUACGAUAAACGAAAACAAGGAGCCCUUGAGUACGUUAUUGGGAGCUUUGACGGGACCUCAAAAUGCUCGCUCCUGGCAGCCACACCGCUAACACGCAGUUUCUUUGACAGGCUAGAGAAAAUCGUCCGCGAUGCUGUCUUCCGAGGAGAGCACGAGAAAAUUGCCAGAAUCGUUGAACAACUCUGUCACGACUACGCUUAUGCCGUACACCAACCCCAUGCCCGAAAUGGCGGUCUGAUCGGGUUGGCUGCUGCCUCCAUCGCCUUGGGAUCAGAAGGAGUGGCACCCUAUUUGAGAGAAAUCGUACCUCCCGUCCUCGCUUGCUUCUCCGACCAAGAUGCGCGGGUUAGGUAUUAUGCUUGCGAGAGCAUGUACAACAUUGCCAAGGUGGCCAAGGGAGAGAUACUUCUCUUCUUCAACGAUAUAUUCGAUGCUCUAGCGAAGCUUGCCUCAGAUUCGGAGCUCUCGGUCAAGAAUGGCGCGGAACUACUCGACCGCCUAGUGAAGGACAUCGUGGCCGAAUCUGCAGCUUCAUAUGUUUCGGUGCUGCAGAUAUCUGAGAAGGAAGACCCGACCGAUCUCGAUGAAGCCGAACUCCCUACGGCAUUCUCUCUUGCCAAGUUCAUUCCUCUGCUCAAAGAGCGAAUCCACGUGAUCGGGCCAUACACUCGCAAUUUCUUGGUUUCUUGGCUCACUCUGUUGGAUACGAUCCCCGAUCUGGAGUUGGUUACAUAUCUUCCUGAAUUUCUGGAAGGGUUGGUUAAGUUCCUUGGAGGCCCGAACAAAGACGUCAAUGUCGCUACGCAAGGGCUCCUUGACCGAUUCCUAUUGGAGAUCAAGAGAAUCACAAGGUUGAAGAAAGGUAUUGAGGAGAGUCGCAAAGAUCAGGAAAGCCGCAGACGGUCCGCAACGAGUGACUCGAUGAGCUUUAGCACCAAGACUGAGACCGAUGCCGCCGAUAAGAACGAUAUCGCGGUCGAUGACUCCGAGUCCGGAUCUCUCUUUGAUGACGAAUUAAUACAGGCCGACGGGGACUGGAUUCCGGGGCAGGACGUACAGAUUGACCACCCUAAAAUUUUGGACAUCCUCGUCAGCUUUGUCGACACAUCAUACGACGAAGAAAUGCAACUCACUGCACUCAGGUGGAUCGACGCCUUUUUCGAGAUUAGCCCUGAAGACAUUCUACCCUUUGUGCCACGACUUUUAACCCAGGUCCUCCCGGCUAUGUCAAGCGGCUCAGAUCAAGUGCGGCAGGCUGCCAAUCGUGUCAACAAAUCCCUUCUCGAAUACAUCUAUUCACUCUCCGAUGAUGCAGCGGAUGAAGUACAGCCUCCAUAUAAAGUACCUUCAACCGCGCCUAGCAAGGAAAGCGUGGAACGAAAGCCUUCGGAAAUCGCGAGCAUCGAUGCCAGAAGAUCGACAACAGAGACUUCUAGAGCUGCCACCCCUCGUAGCAGUAUCGUCUCUACUCCCGUGCCACCUGUUGAUCUCGACUAUGCUGCAGCUGUCAGCUCACUUACAUUACAAUUCCUGAACGAGAAUGAAGCCACCCGAGUAGCUGCGCUCUCAUGGCUCAUUAUGUUACAUCGCAAGGCCCCGCGAAAGGUGGUUGCGUUUAAUGAUGGAACAUUCCCAGCUCUUUUGAAGACUCUUUCCGAUCCUGCAGAAGCGGUUGUAACCAAAGAUUUGCAGCUUCUAUCGCAGAUCUCGAGAAAUAGCGAGGACAGCUACUUUGCCUCUUUCAUGGUCAACCUAUUGCAGCUCUUCUCCACUGACCGACACCUGUUAGAGGUCCGUGGGAACCUGAUCAUCCGACAACUGUGUCUUAAUCUAAGCCCCGAACGAAUUUAUCGGACACUCGCUGAUUGUCUUGAAAAAGAAGAGGAUAUUGAGUUUGCCAGUAUCAUGGUGCAAAAUCUGAACAACAAUCUCAUCACAGCCCCAGAACUAUCAGACAUGCGAAAAAGAUUACGAAAUCUUGACUCGAAAGAGGGACAGAUGUUCUUUGUGGCUCUUUUCAGAUCCUGGUGCCAUAAUGCGGUCUCAACAUUUUCACUCUGCCUUCUCGCGCAAGCCUACGAGCAGGCCUAUAAUCUUCUCCAGAUCUUUGCUGAGUUAGAAAUGACUGUCAAUAUGUUAAUUCAGAUCGACAAACUGGUGCAACUCCUCGAGUCACCAGUCUUCACAUAUCUCCGUCUCCAGCUUCUUGAGCCAGAAAAAUACCCCUACCUAUACAAAUGUCUUUACGGCGUCCUCAUGCUCCUCCCCCAAAGCUCAGCAUUCGCCGCAUUGAAGAACCGCCUAAAUAGCGUCAGCAAUAUAGGAUUUCUUCACGCUGCACCCCGCAGCACCGCGCAAGCAGGACCAUCAUCAUCGUACGACCGCCCGGCUGGCAGCCGUCUGAAAACCCGCGACGAGAACGGUGUCCGCUGGGUCGACCUUCUCGAUAAAUUCAAAUUUGUCCAAGAACGAACACGCCGAGCCCAAGCUUCGCAACACCAGUCCCUCGAUGCAACCGAUUCUCUGCAUAACCCUUCCCUUACAGCUGCUCUCUCGGCCGCGACGGUAGAUCGGAGCAGAGAUCGGAGCGGUCUUCCAGACAUACCUCGAGGCAUGGUCGGAGGAUCUGGAGCCAUGGGUCCCAGCGUGGGAGUCGCAGGGCUAGGUGUGGUGGGGGGAGGUGGUGGUGGUGGAGGAGGCCGUGCGCUUGAACCGAAAGUCAGCAAUUCGUCGUCUUUGCUCGGAUCAGGACAUAAGCAUAAGUCGAGUCUUCCGAAUUUGGGCCGUUUAGGGAUCGGAAGUCGUAAAUCAAAGAAGUGA